AAGCAUACACAGACCAUGAGAGGCAUUAUGAGAGGAAUCACCGCCCAUAAAGCCAACCCUCCGGAUAGCAAUAAUGCUUGCAUAGACAUGGAACUGACUGUCCUACAUUUAUGAGGAGUGACUACAAAAAAAUCGGAUCUAAUUCCAAAGAAGAACCUCUCGCCUCCACUAAAAAUUCUGGAAUAUCCUAUUUUGUUUUCUUUUGAUUAUCUAUAUUUUUGCUUAAUUGUGUCAUGUUGCAUCGACAAUCUGGAUGCUUCGACAGGGCGUGUGGAAGCUGAAACUGAGGAUGUUUCCGUGCCUUGAAUAAACCUGACAGACAUCUUGUAUUGACGUGAUCAAAUCGCUUGGUCAGGACUAAACCGGCUCCAUGCCUUAUCACGACGAGGAGUAUCCAGGCCAGCCUCUGUGGCAGUCAGUGAUGCUCUUUUGCUGCAAGGGAAUGAUUGAGGUCAUUAUGGUUGUGCUUUUCUUCUGUCUCCUUGUGCAGGUGCUCUUCACCAAACAAUUAGAAGUUCACCUUCAAGUUCUCCUUCUGGUUGGACUGGUUACUUUCUGUCUGUGCUUGCUGACGGGAUGUGUUCUGUGCUGGUGGCAGAGUGGCAUUUGUUGUGAGGAAGACAAAGAAAGUAUGACGUCGCCUGAGUCUGUGACUUUAGAACCCCCUUCGUCGGUGCCCCCGUCACCAUCCCCGCUUCAAUACAAUGAGCUAGAUGGCGACACUCUGGACUACCCAUCCACAUUUAGCAGCCCGGCCGCUUUUGAGGAACGAUUUACAUCCUGGUCCUUCUCUAGUCAAACCCGUUCUGCAUCAGAACGGAAGGAGCACCCAAAAACUUUUUUCUCACUGCGACGUCUUAGCAACCCGCCUCUUUAUAAGCCCAUAGACAGCAGCCAUACGUCCCUUCCUUCGUUCCCCAAACUGUUAUCCAAGGCCUUGCAGAGACGCUGCACUGUGACCGGGGAUAGUACCGGGAGAUUGUAUACGGAGCACUGCAGGCUCAGCAGUGCCUCUCCGAGCACACCCGAGGAACCGAUUCCGUUGGUUUCAUUGGAUUAUGGCUCCAACGCCAGCUGCGCGCCUUCAACACCUCACCUUAAUUUCACAAUGCUCUUCUCCCCAGACAGACAAACUUUGACAAUCACAAUCCUCAGCCUCAGGGGGUCAUCUCAAAAACUAGAAGAUGUGUCAGUGAGGGCCUGCCUUCAGCCUCUCCACCCUCGUUAUGUACAUGCUUCCAACAAUGGUGGCCUCACUCAGGUCACGCUUUUAAAUGUGAGCUCUGCAGAGGAGCUCCAAAGGUCCACCCUAAAAAUUGCCGUGUACAUUGGGGAUACACAUGGACUGACUGGCAACAAAUUGGGUGAGCUGCAGGCUGAAUGUUGGGGAAGAGAUUGGGAUACGCAACGUGAGAUUCACUUCACCAAGGAGAUCCAGUCAAGCAAGCGGGUGGCCAAAAAGGUUGGGAGUGCGACCUACCAAGAUGUACAGAUGUGUAAGGGGCUUAGCUGUCCUCCACAGAUCUUCAUUCUUCUGCACUUUAACCCUCACACACAUCAGAUCAAGGUGGCCGUCCUAAGGGCAGACAACCUGGAGAACCUUGUUCACACUUCGACCGCACCAGACUACCAAGUGGUGAUCAAGCUGCAUAACGGGGGGCUUAUGAUCAGCAGUAGAGAAACAAAAGGAGCGUCAUUUGCUGUUUGGAACUCCUACUUUCUGUUCGACCUUCCACCAGGAGAUAUCCAUCAAUUACCGCUCAUGUUGGAGUUUAUAAUCAUGCAGAGCCACACGAGGUCACAAUGCAAAGUUCUCGGUCGGGUCGUCAUUGGUGCUGAGGCCGCAGAUGCAGGACGAGCUCACUGGAGGGACGUAUGCAACCUGCGAGGGGAGCAGUCACGCUGGCACACGGUUCAAACCGAAACCUCAUAGGAACAUACCAGACUGUGAAAGAGGUCCCAAAAAUACCGUAUUGGCCCGAAUAUAAGACGGCCCUGAUUAUAAGACGACCCCCUCUUUUUCAAGACUCAAGCUUGAAAAAAGACUUUUUGAACAGCAAAUUAAUUUUUAUACAGAAAAUAAUUACAGUACAUCUGAAACAUGAUUAUAACAAUAUAUUUGAGAGAAAAAGCAUGUUAUUUUGCUUCAUUCAAAUCUUAAUAUCUGAACAUUUAAAUAUGUAAACUCAAGUGCAAUCACAUUCGUAAACGAAUGGCUUCUGGUUUUUGAAAUGUAUAUAAACCAAUCUAUUUUGAUAAAACAACAAAAUUGCAAUAACUGCAUUAACCAUCAAAGUGAAGUCUAACUGUAACUGUAGUCUUGAAACAAAUCUGAAUAAGGAAAAACAUUGCAAUAAAAUAAUGCAAACUGGUUAAACUUGAGAGUAGCUGAGAUCUGUUAUGACAGAACAUCGCUUCAAUGAUAUCUGGCACCAUCUAGCGUCGUGAAUGGGUAUAAUGUCUAGACCGCGAAUAUAAGACGACCCCCACUUUUUCAGUCUUAUUGCAAAAAAACACCGUCUUAUAUUCAGGCCAAUACAGUAAGUUGGAAUACCGUAAUUUUCGGACUACAAGGCGCACCUGACUAUAAGCUGCGACCCACCAAAUUUGACACGAAAUCAGCAUUUGUUCAAAGAUAAACCGCACCGGACUAUAAACUGCAGCGGUCCUUACUGUAUUAUGGGAUUACACCAAAAAUAUUAACCAGUAACACUUUAUUUGACAGCAGCAUCGUAAGACUGUCAUAAUACCGUCAUAUUUAUGACAUGACACUGUCGUGAGCAUUAAUGAAUGCUUAUGACUGAUGUCUUUUAGUGUCAUCCAGCAAAUUAUCUCACUUUUGAAUGGAUGUAAAAGAGCUGAGCUGGAAAUAAAUGGAGUUAGUGACAAAAUUUACCAGAUGACACAUAAUGGUAUCUGUCGUAAGCCUUUAUUAAUGCCCAUGACAGUGUCAUGUCUUAAUUAUGAUGGUCAUAUGACAGUCUUAUGAUGCCGCUGUCAAAUAAAGUGUAACCUAUUACCCCAAGUAAAUAAACAAACAAGCCGCACUGGACUAAAAGCCACAGGACUCAAAAUGAGGGAAAAAAGAAGCGGUUUAUAGUCUGAAAAUUGCUGUGACGUUACCCGGAACUUUUACAUGGCUUGCCUUAUUUUGAACUGGUUUGACAAUACUGCAUUUUGAUCAAAACAUUGGUUAAGCAGUGAUCCAAUCAAAUCGAUUGAAAUGUUUAUCAAAAUCUUUUAGAUAUGCUUUUUUGUUGAAGGGAAUGGCUUUGAUUUAAAUAUGUUUCAGCAACGAAUAUAAAUAUACAAAAAAAAAAAAAAACAUCAGAAUUACUUUAUUUUUUUAAUUAAAAUUUUAUUGCUUUAGAUGUAUUGCAACUGAUUGUGUUAA